AUGUCCGCCAGAACCGCUUCAGUCGAGAGGAAGACGAGUGAGACCGAGAUAUCCUGCACCAUCGAUCUCGAUCACGUCCCAGGCGUGACCACCCAGACCAUCGAUGUCAGCACGGGUAUAGGUUUCCUCGACCAUAUGUUCACAGCUCUUGCGAAACAUGGUGGCAUGUCACUGACGCUCAAGUGCAAAGGUGACUUGCACAUUGACGAUCAUCACACGGCAGAGGAUUGUGCACUGGCGUUGGGUGCUGCAUUCAAGAAGGCUUUGGGUGAGAGAAAAGGUAUAAAGAGAUAUGGAUUUGCAUACGCUCCAUUAGAUGAGUCGUUAUCCCGAGCUGUUAUCGAUAUCUCGUCUCGUCCGUAUUUUGUCUGCAAUCUUCCCUUUACAAGGGAAAAAAUCGGAGAUUUGUCAACAGAAAUGGUAUCUCACCUUCUCCAAUCCUUCGCAUUUGAAGCUGGUGUGACUCUACACGUUGACUCAAUCCGAGGUGAAAAUAACCACCAUAUCGCCGAAUCUGCUUUCAAAGCUCUCGCUCUCGCCAUAAGGAUGGCCAUCACACGAACAGGUGGAGACGACGUACCAAGUACCAAAGGUGUCCUUGCUUUAUAA